CAGCAUGUAUCUUGGUGGCUGAAAGGCAGACGGACCAGCACCAGUUUCAGUCCUACCUCUGUUUAUUACAGCCACGAGGAGCAGUGGCCUGAGGUUCAUAGGCGAUGUGUAGAAAGCAGCGUGUGUAGAAAGAUCUGGUCCAGCACAAAUUCUGGUUGCGUGGAUACAGCCAUUUCAGGACAGUAAAUUUGUAUCCUCUAAACUUGCCAGCAUUGUAGGGUUCCCAGCAGGCAGCAGUAUCUGCUGCAAUCACUCUGUCUUGUUCUGCAUAGUUAAUCCAAAAGAAAAAUCUGAGUUAGAGAAGCCUUAUAACUUCUCUGUGUCUGUCUGUGUGUACACAGAAGGGCAUCUAGUGUUGCCGAAUCAAUUUUAACCCUUUCUCUUCUGAAUUAUAGGUGGCUGCUGUCAGACCUGAUGAUGUGUAUGUCAUGAACCCCCCUAGGUUUGGCAGAAUUGAAGAUGCAGAUAUGCUGACCUGCCUACAUGAACCUGCUGUCCUGUAUAACCUCAAGGACUGCUACAGCUCCUGGAUGAUCUGUGCAGCCCUGAUGGCAGAAAAGCUGAAGAAGGAGCGAGGCACCAGCGCCCACCUGGAGAGGGUGAAGAAGAACCUGGUUGGGAUGGUGAAGGAUGUGCAGCUCUGUCUGGAAAAGGCCAAGCAGCUGGCACUGAAGGGAGGCAAGAAGCGGCUCCAGAAGAUCUAUUCCAUGAUGGUUGCCAACACUGAACAUGAGUUUCAAAGAAUGAAGAAGACAGGAAGAACAUGAUGAGGUUACAAGAUCUGGUAGAUAAACUGCAGAUGAAAGUCCUAUCCUACAAAGGACAAGCUGAGGAAGCUGAUGAAAAAGCUAAUACUCAUGUCUACAAAUUCAGCAAAGUACAGGAUAAGCUAGAAGAGGCUGAGGAACAGGCAGAUAUUGCUGAGACGUGAUUCAAAAAGCUCAGAGCUAAGACCUGAGAACUUCCUGCUACAAAGGAGCUGAAAUAAGGUAUGAGAUUGUCUUUCUGCAGAAUCCGUUGCAAGCUGUUGAGAGACUGUGGAGGUUUUUGGUAUGUUAAACUAAUCUACUUUAAGCCCCAUGCUUCUUGAUUUGACUUCUUUAAUAUUAAAUUAUCUAGCUUACUGCAUAAAUAUCUUUGCAUUACAGGUGAGUAUUCAAAGUAGCAAGGGACAGGUUAUGUUUCCACAUUUUGCUAGAAAGCAGUCAGGUGUAGAGUAGGAACCUAGGAAGGAAAUCCAAAUCCCUAAAUCACUCUUUUGCUAUUGGAGACGAUGAUGCUGUAAACACUUUCAGGAUAUUCAUCAUGAAAGUUUUACUUCUUUUGUCUCCAUUGUCCCUGGUGGGGAGCUGCUGCAGAACCUCACUGAUGUGACAGUUUUUAACUAUUGUCUAAUCAAAAUUUACAACUUUUUCUCAAAUAUAAGAUAGAGGAUAUUUUUAAGAAAAGUUGUCUUAAAAAGGUACCUUGCUUUAUAUUCCCAUAUCAUCUGAAGUUCACAGUGAGAGUUUGGAUCUGAUGCCUUGCACAAUAUCAAGCCAGAAUCAUAGGAGAGUCUUUGGAUCAAACCAAAAUCUUGACACAGCAGUCCAUGGUGUGGUUAAUCUCCCAUCAUCAGCCAUUCAGUAAGUAGCAGGUUUGCAACCUAGCUAUAAGUCUGGGCACCCUCUAUAGUCAAUGAGGAGGAGCAGACUCCUCCAGAGGAGAGAUUACCCUAAGCUAAGAUAGGUUUCUGAGCUGUCCUUUGGAGGUGUCUAUUCUUCCUUGACUAUAAAAGGAGCCAGAAGACCAGCUCAGAGUAUACACAUCACUUUCAUUUGGGUAAAGGUAGAAGAGGAAUCCUAUCAGUUGCAGUCAGCGGUGUGGUUCCAUCUCUGUGAGCUCAGCUUUAACCUAACUCCAUACUAAUGAACCAGAGUGGGUUUGGAUAAAAAUGUCUUCUGUCAAAAUGUGCAUUAUAAUACUUCACAGUGAUCACUACUCAUGGAUAUUUGAAAAGAAAAAUUAGACAAAGAAAAGAGUAACAAAAAUUAUACGCAUUACUGCUAAAUAAGCAUACUUUGAAGAAAAAUAAAAAAAAUGUAUUAUAUUCAGGGACUCUAAUAAGACUGUUUAACAAUGGAAAAUUGGUUCCUGCUUUUGAGAUUCUUCAGCCUGUAGGUUUGCUGUAGUCAGACACUCAAAAGCAAGUAAUUCUUGUAUUUCCCCAUAAGUACCCUCUGCUCUUCUCCCACAAUACCCACACCUCCCCCUUCUUCACCUUCACUUACCUCUGUUUGCCUGAUCCAGCAUACCUAUGUGCUGACUGCCUAGCUUAUAAACCUAGAUUAAUAAACUAGCCCAGCACUGUGCUCCAGGAUAACCAUGAGACCAGGCACUGUCCAGAUCACCUGCAAACCAGACUUGUUAUUCCUGAAAAAUAAGAUUCUUACUGCUGCUGUGGCCUUUUACAUCCAGAAGUAGGGAGCACACACCCAGAGUUGGAGCCUCCUUACAAAGGAUGAUGAGAGCUGAUAGAUGCUAUGAGCUGCCAGCUACUUACAGUCCAGGCAAUGACAACCCAGAGGAGGCAGGAGUGGGAAUUUCCCUGUGGGAUGGGUUGGCAUGAGACAGAGGAGCCCAGAUAAGUGGCUUCUUGCUGGUGACCUGUCUGUGGAUCUUUUAAGGUUUUGUUCUUGGUUUUACCCCUAUACAUGGGAAAUAGUGGAAACUGUACAGAGAGCACAUGGCUCUUGAUCCUUUAGGAGCUUGGGUUCCCAGCUGAGAAAGGCUUUGGGUGCACUUGGCACCGUGAAUCAGUUUCACAUCUGCCAGCCAGACUGGAACACCCCAACUACAGCACUGGGCUUGGUGACAGCCCUGGUUAUCACUGGAGUCUGUUUCCCCAUACCCUGGCCUCCUGGUCACAUUAGGUAUUUAGCAGAUCUCUAGCUUUGCACCACAACUUUCUGUGUUCACAAGUGCUCAGGAUUGUUAGCACAGCUAUGAACAGUGAAAUUCUGGUUGCAAGGGCAACAAAAAGUCUGUGAUGUUAGAGAGAUUUCCCUCAGUAUGCACUGAGGAGCUGCUCUCCUGAUCUCUCCAGUGCUACAGAAAGACAGGAAACAAGCAGCUUUUCAUACAGGCUGGUAGGGCAAGCCCUUCAUGACUAUAGAACAGUCCUUCCACCUCUCUGUCUUACUGCAGUGGCCUGGGAUUUUUCAGAUCACUCAGGUGUCAACCCAUCUUUUCUUACUAUAGAAACUUAGCUGUUUGUCUUGCUGUGGGUAGGUCUGAAAGAUAUGGGCAUGAGGUGCAGAUGUCCGGGGACGCCACAAGGCAGUGCAGACAGAGAUCCUUCUCUAACAUGGUGCUCCAGAGGAGAAAUGGGGAGAGAAUGAGUCUGUGCCCACCUGUGAGCUUCCAGUCGACUGUACCCUGUGCUGUUCUGAAGGCAGGGCUAUUCUGACAUUGGUCCCCCAUAUCUGCCACUCAGGCCUGCUGUGGGAAGAUGAAGGGAUGCAGGAUUUCCAGCAUGUAUUGGGCUGAACCGAGGGCUGAAUCAGACUGUUGGCAGGGAGGAGAGGAGAUUAGUUCCUGUGGACAAAGCCAUGUCUGGGCAGCAAAAAUGCUUUUUCCUUCAUUGUAUCUUAUUUCAGUUUUCCUGCCUUAUAUCUAUCUUCUGAACCUGAUGCUUGCCUCCCAGCUAGGCAGGCUGAUAGCAGUGUGUCCCUAGGGGCAGCUGUCAUGAGAGUGCUGACACACCCAGUGAAUAUCUGCAGUGGAAAUGUUUUUUGGGGAGUGAAGCCCCAAUUAUACUACACAAAAUGCAAUACUCAUAGCCAACCUGGAGCCUCAGGGCUGUGCCUGGCUAGUCUACCAUGGCGCAAAAGGCAGCCACCUGUGUUUCCAGAAGGGACUCGUGGCUGCUGGCAGUUGUGUUGUUCUUGUGAUAACUAUGGUCUUUCAUAUCCUGAGAACUUUGAGAUGAUAAGGCGUGAUUUGCUCUAUCUGCGCUUGAAGAGACAGUCCAAACCACACAACAUGGAUGAAGCCCUUUCACAAAUACUCCGCUACUAACCAGUUCCUCCACAUGCAGUAUGAAUGCCUCUCUCUUAUCUUCCCCCACAGCUCGUUGCCUUUUUUCCCCCAUGGCCUUCUUUCCUCAUCAGAUCCUCAGCCUAACAUUUUUCUUCUUUCCCCACUUCAUUCCCCACAAAUGGAAUGGGAACGUAAGCUUCUCUUAUAUCUUCUACCCCUUAGUCUCUCUCCUUCCUCUCCUCCGCACUCCCCUGAUCUCUUCCCUUUCGUGGCUGGAUUUCCCUGUCCCAGCACUCAGAGGGCUGCAGGCCAGCCCUCCCCUCUGCACACCCUCCGGGUCUGCCAGGGCACACACGCACUGCAGCGCUCUGCUCUCCCAGGUGCACCUGUGCUUGGUUAAAGGAGGCCGUAGGUCUGUCAGAGGAGACAGUGGUAUGUGAGUGGGCACCUGAGCCCACUCAUCAGUUCCAGGGCCAUCUGUCCACAGGAGAAGGCUUCCAACCUGAGCAGAAGUCUAGCAGCUCUGAGCUCUCAGCGGCCUCCCAUGGGGCUGACUAGCAGAGGAUGCAGAGGGAUCUCUGGUAAAGGGGAUGUCUGCUGUAUCCCAUAAGCAUUACAGGCUCCAUGCAGGGAUGAGAAAUAUAGUAACAUAGCGUACUGGGAGCUGAGGAAGCCGAUGAAGGUUUCAUAGACAUAGUAGAAAUGUGCUUGUUACAGAAUACUAGUUGUCUGAGUACCUCUCAUCCUCCCUUCAUUGGACUAGUUUUCUACGCCUUUGACCAUCUUAGUAGCCUAGCCCUAGUAGCUCUCCCAUUAGUUCACAUCCCUUUUGAACUGGGAAGCCCCAAACUGGACAAAGUAUUUCAGAUGAGGAUCACCAGUGGCAAAGAAAAGGGAUAAUAACUUUCUAUGAUCUGUUCACCACACUUACCAUAACACAGCCCACUACUUGCUUUGUCUUGUUUGUAGUGAGAACACUCUUAGCUCAUAUCCUUCUGGGCAUCCGCCAUAACCCCCAAGUCCUUUUAAGUAUCACUACUACUGAACUAGUUAGUUCCCAGCCUGUACUGACACUCGGGGUUAUUCUUUCCCAGGUAUGAACUUUGCACUUGUCCAUAUUGAUCUUCAUAAGGUUUCUAGUGGUCCAGCCUUCAGGUUUUUUAAUGUCCCUCUGGAAUGAACUUCUGUGUUAUUGACAACUUUGAUGGUGAAUUUUGUGCCAUCUUCCAAAUAGACUUCUUAACUUCAUGUCAAUUGAAUGUGUGUUCUUCAGGGGGAAAAAAAAAUCUUCCCUAAAAGCCGAUGAUCUUCCAUCUUGUUUUUGGAACGGGUGUAUGGGAAAAGUUGGUGGGAAAGAGGAAGCAAGCAAGGUUGACAGCCAAUAAGGUGAAAAAAUUGUGAGCAGUGCAAGCAUUGACUUUAAAGCAUGUGACACUGCACAGCUUUAGAAAUGGAAAAGGGGGCACUUAACAGCAGUUCCUCUUCCAAACUGGAAUUUAGUAGUUGCCGUUGGACAAAGUCUUAAAUGCACAUUAUGACCAAGAAAAGAUAUGGGGAGUUUUGUUGCUGAAAGUAAAAAAGACCAGAAAUGGUUGUCUCCAGUCACUUUUUUCAGACAUAGAACAUGAUCUGACAGUGCAAACAGAUGUCAGAGGUUUGUAAAUAUAUCUUUCCUUCCUGCCUCUGGCAGGGCAGUCUGUUCUGGUUAUAGGAGCAGAGGGCCUGAGACUAGUUCCCAGGGUGAAAGACUGGGGACCACCAGACUAGGGGAAAAGAUUCCUUAUCCUACUCCAAGACCUCCUUUCCUACAGGUGCAUUCUCAAGUUUCCAUUGCAUGAGCUUGAUGGCACUGAAUAUGCAUGAGAAGGAGGUUCCCGCUGUCCUACAUACUGACAGUCUGAGGUAGUUCCACUUUUACCUGUACUGCCUUACUAAAACGUAGCCUCCCACUCCUUAGGCUGUCAGCUAACCACUGGGCCCAGGGGAAGAAAAUACACAUCUUAAGGGCUGGCAACAAGUGAGGCAGCUGGUGAUCUCCAUCUCAAGACGGAUCUAUUUUCAGCAUGCCUGAAUCCCCUCUCCUCCAGGGGAAUGUCAGCACUCCAGUGCCUUGCCCACACCACAUUACUGUGCAGGACAGUCUGUAUCCAGACACAGCUUUCAGUGAGCCUCCUCUCUCUUGACUGUGCUGUGUUUUGUUUCCAGUACCAGUGGUGUCCAGCCCUGCAGAGAUGGAAACAGGAUUGGCAGAAAAUUAAUGGCUGUACUGACCAGCUGCCAGUGUGCAAGUUGCCCACCUGGUAUUUCAAGAGACACUUCUGCUAACGUACCUUCAGUAAAGUGCAGACAUGGCCUCUGCAGACUCUGAGAUGGCUGUUUUUGGAGAGGCAGCUCCCUACCUCCGAAAGUCAGAAAAGGAGAGAAUCGAGGCUCAGAACAAGCCCUUCGAUGCCAAGACAUCGGUCUUUGUGGCUCAUCCUAAAGAAUCCUUUGUGAAAGGGACGAUCCAGAGCAGGGAAGCAGGGAAGGUCACUGUCAAGACUGAAGGUGGAGAGACUCUGACCGUGAAGGAUGAUCAAGUCUUUGCCAUGAACCCUCCUAAGUACGAUAAAAUCGAGGACAUGGCCAUGAUGACCCACCUCCAUGAACCUGCUGUGCUGUAUAACCUCAAAGAGCGUUAUGCAGCCUGGAUGAUCUACACCUACUCGGGUCUCUUCUGUGUCACUGUCAACCCCUACAAGUGGCUGCCGGUGUACAACCCGGAGGUGGUGUUGGCCUACCGAGGCAAGAAGCGCCAGGAGGCCCCUCCCCACAUCUUCUCCAUCUCUGACAACGCUUAUCAGUUCAUGUUAACUGAUCGCGAGAAUCAGUCAAUCCUGAUCACCGGAGAAUCCGGUGCAGGGAAGACUGUGAACACGAAGCGUGUCAUCCAGUACUUUGCAACAAUUGCAGCUAGCGGGGAUAAAAAGAAGGAGGAGCAGGCAGGCAAAAUGCAGGGCACGCUUGAGGAUCAAAUCAUCAGCGCCAACCCCUUGCUGGAGGCCUUUGGAAAUGCCAAGACCGUGAGGAAUGACAACUCUUCACGCUUUGGCAAAUUCAUCAGAAUCCACUUUGGGGCCACAGGGAAACUGGCUUCUGCUGACAUUGAAACAUAUCUGCUGGAGAAGUCAAGAGUCACUUUCCAGCUCAAGGCAGAAAGAAGCUACCACAUCUUUUAUCAGGUCACCUCCAACAAGAAGCCAGAGCUAAUUGAAAUGCUCCUCAUUACCACCAACCCAUAUGACUUCCCUUUUGUGAGUCAAGGUGAGAUCACUGUUCCCAGCAUUGACGACAAGGAGGAGCUGAUGGCUACAGAUAGUGCCAUUGACAUCCUGGGCUUCACUGCUGAGGAAAAAACUGCCAUUUACAAGCUGACGGGGGCUGUCAUGCACUACGGGAACUUGAAGUUCAAGCAGAAACAACGAGAGGAGCAGGCAGAGCCAGAUGGCACAGAAGUUGCUGACAAGGCUGCCUACCUGAUGGGUCUGAACUCAGCUGACAUGCUCAAGGCCCUGUGCUACCCCCGAGUCAAGGUUGGAAAUGAAUAUGUGACCAAAGGUCAGACUGUGCAACAGGUGCACAAUGCUGUAGGUGCUCUUGCAAAGGCAGUCUAUGAAAGGAUGUUCUUGUGGAUGGUUGUUCGCAUCAACCAGCAGCUGGAUACCAAACAACCCAGACAGUACUUCAUUGGUGUUCUGGACAUUGCUGGCUUUGAGAUCUUUGAUUUCAACAGCUUUGAACAGCUUUGCAUCAACUUCACCAAUGAGAAACUGCAACAGUUCUUCAACCACCACAUGUUUGUGCUGGAGCAGGAAGAGUACAAGAAAGAGGGAAUUGAAUGGACGUUCAUUGACUUUGGGAUGGACCUGGCUGCCUGCAUUGAGCUUAUUGAGAAGCCCAUGGGCAUCUUCUCCAUCCUAGAAGAGGAGUGCAUGUUCCCCAAAGCAACUGACACUUCUUUCAAGAACAAGCUCUAUGACCAGCAUCUGGGCAAGUCCAGCAACUUCCAGAAGCCCAAGCCUACCAAAGGAAAGACUGAAGCCCAUUUCUCCCUCAUACACUAUGCUGGCACAGUGGACUACAAUAUCACUGGUUGGCUUGAGAAGAACAAGGACCCCCUGAAUGAAACUGUCAUUGGGUUGUACCAGAAAUCAUCACUGAAAACACUGGCCUUACUGUUUGCCAACUAUGGUGGAGCAGAAGCAGAGGCUAGUGCUGGCAAGAAAGGCGGCAAGAAGAAGGGUUCUUCUUUCCAGACUGUUUCAGCUCUUUUCCGGGAGAAUUUAAACAAGCUGAUGACCAAUCUGCGAAGCACUCACCCCCAUUUUGUACGCUGCAUCAUCCCAAAUGAAACAAAAACACCUGGUGCCAUGGAGCAUGAACUGGUGCUGCACCAGCUGCGGUGCAACGGCGUGCUGGAAGGGAUCAGAAUUUGCAGGAAAGGAUUUCCCAACAGAGUCCUGUAUGCAGAUUUUAAACAGAGAUACAAAGUAUUAAAUGCAAGUGCUAUUCCAGAAGGACAGUUCAUUGACAGCAAGAAGGCUUGUGAGAAACUUCUGGGAUCAAUUGAUAUAGACCACACUCAGUAUAAAUUUGGUCACACCAAGGUGUUCUUCAAAGCUGGACUGGUAGGUCUCCUGGAGGAGAUGAGAGAUGAGAAGCUGGCACAGCUCAUCACUCGCACACAGGCCAGAUGCAGGGGCUUCCUGAUGAGGGUGGAGUACCAGAAAAUGGUGGAGAGGAGAGAGUCCAUCUUCUGCAUCCAGUACAACAUUCGUGCAUUCAUGAAUGUCAAGCAUUGGCCCUGGAUGAAGCUGUUCUUCAAGAUCAAGCCCUUGCUGAAGAGUGCAGAAUCUGAAAAGGAGAUGGCCAAUAUGAAACAAGAGUUUGAGAAAACUAAGGAAGAGCUUGCAAAGUCUGAGGCAAAAAGGAAGGAGCUGGAGGAAAAAAUGGUGAAACUAGUGCAGGAGAAAAAUGACCUGCAGCUCCAAGUGCAGGCUGAAGCUGAUGCUUUGGCUGAUGCUGAGGAAAGAUGUGACCAGCUGAUCAAAACCAAAAUCCAGCUGGAAGCCAAAGUUAAGGAGGUGACUGAAAGGGCGGAGGAUGAGGAGGAAAUCAAUGCUGAGCUGACAGCCAAGAAGAGGAAACUGGAGGAUGAAUGCUCAGAGCUGAAGAAAGACAUUGAUGACCUGGAGUUAACGCUGGCCAAAGUCGAGAAGGAAAAACAUGCCACCGAAAACAAGGUGAAAAAUCUCACUGAAGAGAUGGCAGCCCUGGAUGAAACCAUAGUAAAGCUGACAAAAGAGAAGAAAGCCCUCCAAGAGGCCCACCAGCAGACCCUGGAUGACCUGCAGGCAGAAGAGGACAAAGUCAACACUCUGACCAAAGCUAAAACCAAGCUCGAGCAGCAAGUGGACGACCUUGAAGGGUCCCUGGAGCAAGAGAAGAAACUGCGCAUGGACCUUGAGAGAGCCAAGAGGAAACUCGAGGGAGACUUGAAGCUGGCCCAUGAUACCAUAAUGGACUUGGAAAAUGAUAAGCAGCAGCUGGAUGAGAAACUGAAGAAGAAAGACUUUGAAAUCAGCCAGAUCCAAAGCAAGAUCGAGGAUGAGCAAGUUCUCAGCAUGCAAUUACAGAAGAAGAUCAAGGAGCUGCAGGCCCGUAUUGAGGAACUGGAGGAGGAAAUCGAGGCCGAGCGGACCUCUCGGGCCAAAGCAGAGAAGCAUCGGGCUGACCUCUCCAGGGAGCUAGAGGAGAUCAGUGAGCGCCUGGAAGAAGCCGGGGGGGCUACGGCAGCUCAGAUCGAGAUGAACAAGAAGCGUGAGGCAGAAUUUCAGAAGAUGCGGCGGGACCUCGAAGAGGCCACUCUGCAGCAUGAAGCCACAGCUGCUGCCCUGCGGAAGAAGCAUGCGGACAGCACAGCCGAGCUUGGGGAGCAAAUAGACAACCUUCAGCGUGUCAAGCAGAAGCUGGAGAAGGAGAAGAGUGAGCUGAAGAUGGAGAUUGAUGACUUGGCCAGUAACAUGGAGUCCGUCUCCAAAGCCAAGGCAAAUCUGGAGAAGAUGUGUCGCACUCUGGAAGACCAGCUGAGUGAAUUUAAAACAAAGGAGGAGCAGAAUCAGCGCAUGAUCAGUGAUCUAAGUGCUCAAAGAGCUCGUCUGCAGACAGAAUCUGGUGAAUAUGCACGUCAGGUGGAGGAAAAAGAUGCUUUGAUUUCUCAGCUUUCUAGAGGAAAACAGGCUUUUACUCAACAGAUUGAGGAACUGAAGCGGCAACUAGAGGAAGAGAUAAAGGCCAAGAACGCCCUGGCCCACGCCUUGCAAUCUUCUCGCCAUGACUGUGACUUGCUCCGGGAGCAAUAUGAAGAGGAGCAGGAAGCCAAGGGUGAACUGCAGCGCGCCUUGUCCAAGGCCAACAGUGAAGUGGCCCAGUGGAGAACCAAGUAUGAGACGGACGCCAUUCAGCGCACGGAGGAACUGGAGGAGGCCAAGAAGAAGCUGGCUCAGCGUCUGCAGGAAGCAGAGGAACACGUCGAAGCCGUGAAUGCCAAAUGUGCUUCCCUGGAAAAGACAAAGCAGAGGCUGCAGAAUGAAGUGGAGGACCUGAUGAUUGAUGUGGAAAGAUCAAAUGCUGCUUGCGCAGCUCUGGACAAGAAGCAGAAGAAUUUCGACAAGAUCCUGGCAGAGUGGAAGCAGAAGUAUGAGGAAACGCAGGCUGAGCUGGAAGCCUCCCAGAAGGAGUCUCGCUCUCUCAGCACGGAGCUGUUUAAGAUGAAGAAUGCCUAUGAGGAGUCUUUGGACCACCUGGAAACGCUGAAGCGGGAGAACAAGAACUUGCAGCAGGAGAUUGCUGACCUCACGGAGCAGAUUGCAGAGGGAGGAAAGGUCAUUCAUGAGCUGGAGAAAGUGAAGAAGCAGAUUGAGCAGGAGAAAUCUGAAAUCCAGGCUGCUCUGGAGGAAGCUGAGGCCUCCCUAGAACAUGAGGAGGGGAAGAUCCUGCGCCUCCAGUUGGAGCUCAACCAGGUCAAGUCUGAGAUUGACCGGAAGAUAGCAGAGAAAGAUGAGGAAAUCGACCAGCUGAAGAGAAACCAUCUCCGAGUUGUGGAGUCCUUGCAGAGCAGCUUGGAUGCUGAGAUCAGGAGCAGGAAUGAAGCCCUGAGGCUGAAGAAGAAGAUGGAGGGAGACCUGAACGAAAUGGAGAUCCAGCUGAGCCAUGCCAACCGCGUGGCUGCAGAGGCCCAAAAGAACCUGAGGAACACACAGGCAGUGCUGAAGGAUACCCAGAUACACCUGGACGAUGCUCUGAGGACACAGGAGGACCUGAAGGAGCAGGUGGCCAUGGUGGAGCGCAGAGCAAACCUGUUGCAGGCUGAAAUUGAGGAGCUACGGGCAGCCCUGGAGCAGACGGAGAGGUCGAGGAAAGUGGCUGAGCAGGAGCUGCUGGAUGCAACGGAACGUGUGCAGCUCCUUCACACCCAGAACACCAGCUUGAUCAACACCAAGAAGAAGCUGGAAACCGACAUUUCCCAAAUCCAGAGUGAAAUGGAGGAGACAAUCCAGGAAGCCCGCAAUGCGGAAGAGAAGGCCAAGAAGGCCAUCACAGAUGCGGCCAUGAUGGCAGAAGAGCUGAAGAAGGAGCAGGACACCAGCGCCCACCUGGAGAGGAUGAAGAAGAACUUGGACCAGACAGUGAAGGACCUGCAGCUCCGCCUGGAUGAGGCUGAGCAGCUGGCACUGAAAGGAGGCAAGAAGCAAAUCCAGAAGCUGGAGGCCAGGGUGCGGGAGCUGGAAGGGGAGGUUGAUGCUGAGCAGAAGCGCAGCGCUGAAGCUGUGAAGGGUGUGCGCAAAUACGAGAGGAGGGUGAAGGAGCUGACCUACCAGUCUGAGGAAGACCGGAAGAAUAUUCUCAGGCUCCAGGACCUGGUGGACAAGCUGCAAAUGAAGGUGAAAUCGUACAAGAGACAAUCUGAAGAGGCUGAGGAGCUGUCCAACGUCAACCUCUCCAAAUUCCGCAAGAUCCAGCACGAGCUGGAGGAAGCUGAGGAGCGGGCGGACAUUGCAGAGUCACAGGUCAACAAGCUCCGAGCCAAGAGCCGGGAGUUUCAUAGGAAGAUAGAAGAGGAAGAGUGAGGAUGUCAGGAGGCAGCAAAGUGACAGGGGUGGUGCACAAAAUGUGAACCUCUCUGUCCCUCUCUCCUGUAACUAGUCUUUGUAACCGCCUCAAUGCCUAGAGAAUAAAGACCAUAGAUUGCUUUGCAUACA